UUGAGUGAAGACGUUGUUAUUAAUUAUAAUGGCAGUACGAUUAACCAGAGUAAAUAAACUGCUUAUGAAAUGUGCUAAUGUAACUGGUUUCCGAUGUAUGUCACACUAUCCGAUAGACGAACACAUUUUUGGACUGAAUAGCGACCAACAGCAGUUGCGGCAACUGGUCUUCGAUUUUGCUCAAAAGGAACUGGCACCGAAGGCAGCAGAAAUCGACAGGGAAAACAACUUUAAAGAAUUAAGAAACUUUUGGAAGAAACUUGGGAAUCUUGGACUGCUUGGUAUAACAGCUAGUCCAGAUUAUGGAGGGACGGGCGGGAAAUAUACUGAUCAUUGUGUCAUUAUGGAAGAGUUGUCGAGGGCGAGUGGUUCCAUAGCUUUGUCGUACGGUGCGCAUUCAAACUUAUGCAUAAACCAAAUCAAUAGAAAUGGCACGCAUGAGCAAAAAAGCAAAUAUCUUCCUAAGCUAUGUUCAGGAGAGCACAUGGGCGCCCUGGCUAUGUCAGAGCCAGGUGCGGGCAGCGACGUGGUCUCCAUGAAGUUACGAGCCGAAAAGAAAGGCGACUACUACGUUCUCAAUGGAAACAAAUUUUGGAUCACUAAUGGGCCAGAUGCUGACGUUUUAGUGGUAUAUGCCAAAACAAAUUUCUCAAGCAAACCUCAACAUGGGAUUUCGGCAUUUUUAAUAGAAAAAGAUUAUCCUGGGUUUUCGACGGCACAAAAGUUAGAUAAACUAGGCAUGAGGGGAUCAAACACUGGUGAAUUAGUUUUUGAAGAUUGCAAGGUGCCAGAAACAAAUUUAUUAGGUGAGGAGAAUAAAGGAGUAUACGUCCUGAUGUCAGGUUUAGAUUUAGAACGAUUGGUGUUAGCUGCCGGUCCCGUGGGAUUGAUGCAAGCAGCUAUUGACAUCGCGUUUGAAUACGCGCACACUAGAAAACAGUUUGGGAACAGAAUAGGAGAGUUUCAACUAUUACAGGGUAAAAUGGCAGAUAUGUAUACAUCACUUAGUGCAUGCAGAAGUUAUCUGUACAAUGUCGCCAAGGCAUGCGAUGAUGGACACAUAAACAGCAAGGAUUGCGCCGGAGCCAUUCUGUACUGCGCUGAGAAAGCCACUCAAGUUGCAUUGGAUGCUAUACAAAUUUUAGGUGGCAACGGUUUCAUCAACGACUAUCCAACCGGCAGAAUAUUGAGAGACGCUAAACUUUACGAAAUCGGCGCUGGUACAUCCGAGGUUAGAAGGAUGCUCAUUGGAAGAGCGUUGAACAAUGAAUAUAAAUAAAACUAUGUUUAUAAUUUAGACACAUAAUAUAUUUUAUUUUGAAUAAAUUAUUAUGAACUACUUA